AUGCAAGUUUGGAUCGUCCAAAGUUCCAACAUGCUUUCAAAAUUGAAGACAGUCGAGAUUUUGAGGUUUUCCGUACUGUGUAGAAGCAACAUGAUUGAAGGUGGCGCACCCCUUGUUAAUGAAGUAUCGUGGUUCUUCUACAAUGCUUUCUGCAAGAUCAGUGAUUUAACCACUACUACCGACUCGCCCCCCAUGGGCGAGUCGCCUGAGCUUCCGGUUUGGGUCAAAUUCCCCGAGAAUGAGCAGGAUUCUAGUGCUGGCCUGGAAGAUGAUUUUGCGAUUCCUGCAAUUGCUAGUUGGGCUGAGAAUCAGCAGCUUCAGGAUCACGGUAAAGUUGUCAGACAUAUGCUAAGCGAGGCUGAUGGUGAUGAUGUUGAGAAAAUCACUAGAGUUCUUAAAAGUAGGUUCUCAUCGCCUGAUGCUGUUGCCCAAGCCUUGAAUGGGUGUAGUGUGAAUGCAUCUGAAGGUUUGGUUGAACAAGUUCUGACGAGAUUCAGCAAUGAUUGGGUCUCGGCUUUUGGGGUUUUCAAGUGGGCAAAAGCACAAACAGGUUACGCGCAUUCGGCUGAUUCGUAUAACGCGACGGUUGAUAUAUUAGGAAAAUCAAGGAAGUUCGAUCUCAUGUGGGAAUUGGUUCAGGAAAUGCAGGAUGAACUGGAAGAGGGUGUUUCGUUGGUCACGAUGAGUAAGAUAAUGAGAAGGCUAGCAAAGGCCGGGAGGUGGGCAGAUGCCGUAGAUGCAUUUCGGAGAACAGAGGCAUUCGGUGUGAGCGGAGACGUUUCAGCCAUGAACGUCCUCAUGGAUGCUCUCGUGAAGGAGCAAAGUGUCGAGCGUGCCCAUGAUGUGUUUUUGGAGUUCAAGAAUCAGAUAGGUCCAGACAUACAUACUUUCAAUAUACUGAUCCAUGGUUGGUGUAAAGCUAGAAAACUGGACUGCGCUUGGAAGACCAUGGAAAAGAUGGGGAAACAUGGGUUUCACCCAGAUGCUGUUUCUUACACUAGUUUGAUUGAAGCCCACUGCCGGGACAAGGAUUUCCGAAAAGUGGAUGCCAUUCUUGAGGAAAUGCAGGAAAAGGGUUGCCCUCCAAAUGCUGUGACUUGCACCAUUGUUAUGCUUGCAUUGGGGAAGGCGAAGGAAAUCAAUAAAGCUUUGGAAGUUUAUGAGAGGAUGAAGCGAAAUGGUUGUGUUCCUGAUGCUCCCUUCUACAGCGCCUUAAUUUACAUUCUCAGUAGAGCUGGCAGGCUGAAGGAUGCCGGUGACUUAUUUGAGGACAUGAAAAAACAGGGACUUCCUCCUGAUGUGAGGGCGUAUAAUACCAUGAUUUCUGUUGCUUGCCACCAUUCGCAAGAAGAAACUGCUCUAAAGCUGCUCCGGCAAAUGGAAGAGGUUUCCUGCAAACCUGAGCUGAAGACUUAUGCCCCUUUGCUGAAGAUGUGCUGCAGAAAGAAAAGAAUUAAGGUUCUGAACUUUUUAUUGGAGCACAUGUUGAAGAAUAAUGUGAGUAUUGAACUCGGGACUUAUUCUCUGUUAGUGCAUGCACUGUGUAAGAGUGGGAAAGUGGGGCAUGCUUGCAUGUUUUUUGAGGAAAUUGUGUCCAAGGGAUUCAUCCCCAAAGAUUGCACAUACAAGCUGUUGACAAAAGAACUCGAGAGAAGAAGUAUGGUAAAAGAAAAGGGGCAGAUUGAAAUGUUGAUGCUCCAGGCAACAAAGCGGGAGGAAUUCAGUCUUCAGAUUCGUAGUGAUUUGAUUGGUUGAUCUGGUGAUAAACAUUUUGCCCUUCCUUGUGAAUGAGUUUGUCUUAUACUUUGCGCAUAUAUUUAAUAGGACAUUUGACCAGUUCAUGAUCUUAUCUUUGCUGGGUUGAUUUGAUUUAAUGACACUGCAUGAAUUUUCUAGACAACCAUCUGUUUCAUACCCGGUUUAUAAGAGAUGAUUUAUUGAGGGCUAAUAUCCCAGACAAUGGAACUUGUCUUGAGCUCCUGGGACCAGCUUUGAGGGGUUUGUUUCCAUAAAGAAAAUUUAGGAAACUGUCAGAUUCCUUAAAGAACGCUAGUUAUUCUGUGCAAUUUUGCAAGUAUUUUACUGCAUUUUGGGGGUUAAAGUCAUUGAUGGAAGUCAUCCUCCUGCUGCACGUUGCCUUUACCCAACAGAGUGCUCGUGGAAGACAUUUACAACAUGUUUGAUUGGCAUGAGGGAGUAUGAAUGGAAUCAUGAUUCCAAUCUCAAUUCCUUUCAGUUGUUUGGUUGCAUAAUAUACCAUUGGAAUGCUGAUUCCAAUCGGCAUGCCUUGGCUAAGGAAUGGAUAUUCUCCUGGUUUUUCAUGGGAGUGAUUAUUCCAUUCCUUCAUCUUUUUCUUAAAAACAAAAAAAAAAAAAGUCCUUCUACAUAUUGCCUCAUUCGACACCCAUGUCCCUUGUAGGCCCAAUAGAUGACCAGUUGGGCCACUUUCCUCUCCUCUCUCUAUGGCCCUCCUCUCCACUGUUUCCCAACUCCAUAGGCACGCUUCUCUGCAAGUGCAACAGGAGAUUUCUUUCCAGGUACUGCCAGCCCUAGCCCUGAAGCUGUCUUCCCCUCUUAGUCUUUUCUAAGUUGGGAGCACCAAUGGUCAACCGUUUGCGAGGGAAAGAAACCGAAUAAGGAGUAGCAGGGAACCCUAGGUAUGUUUCGUGAAAAGGAAACCAUAGAUAUGCUUGAUAAAAGAUUAACUUGGUGUAGGUUUUGAUUCUUUUCUUGUCUCAUGCUUUGAUUUAUUGAGUUACCUUGUUUGUUAUCAGGUACUGAAUUUCGCAAUCUUUUCAGUUUUGUAGCAACUUAAUCUAACAGCUAGCGAAAAUCUUAAGUUGUUAAUUAUUAA